AUGUCCGCCGCGAAGGACGCUGAUGGGACAAAAAUGAGGAUCCUUUCCACCCUCGUACUGGGCGUUUUGCUACCCCUGGCGGCGCGCGCCGACCAAUCAGAGCUCGAGGUGUCCGACGGCCAGCCAAUCAGCGAGCAGCUGUUUGGGGAAGGAAAGAGACAGAUAGAGACGCCGGAGGUUGUUCUACAGUUGAAAUAUGACCGGGGGGAACUGAAUAGGAUAUAUUUGGCUCAGUUCCGCAAGAACAAAGAGCGCUGGGCGCCCUCAGUGCCGGCCACGGACAACCUGUGCGCGGACCUGUGCCACUCAGGACUGGGCGGGCUUCCCUGCGGCGAGGCCUGCGCCGAUAUGAUCCCAGUGGGUCUGAAGACCCACCUGACGGAAGAGGAGCCUCACGAGAAUAUAACAGAUGCAGAGUACGGUGAACCACGUGUCGGCGUGUGCCCGGCGCUGUGCCAGUAUGGACUGGGUAAUCCGUUGUGUGCGUGCAACAGCGGGGAGCUGCCGGUCGCCUGGGACGUCGUCUGCUCGGCUUUCUGCUCCGACAAAUAUGAGCUUAGAGGUUGUCCAGCCUGCCCCAGGGACCUCACAACUCCUUCCGUCGCCGGCGGCCGCUCGGUGGCCACCGCGCUCGUGCUGUCCACCACCGACGGCUGGUCCGCGUGGUGCAACGUCCAGUGCCGGCAGGGCCACGGCGGGGCCGCUUGCAACUGUGACCGGGCGCCCUUCCAGUAACCAACUACCAGUAACAGUAACUGUAACCAGCUAUAAGGAUAACCGAUGCCAAUGAUAACAAUAACGCUCGGUAGCUACUGCUCUCGUGCUGUCAACUACCUACGGCUGGUCUGGGGUAACCGGCAACUAGUAUCUGUAACCAGUCAUAAGGCCACCGACGCCAACGUUAACCACCUAACGUAUACCUCAAUAUGAGUAAUAAAUGGUUAAACACAUUUUUAAUAAUUUUCGUUUUAACAAAUAUGCUUAUUUUAGGUGCUUAAUGAAAUUAUGUGCAAUAUUUUGUUUAUUAAUGUAAGUAUAUAUUAGGUAUUAUAUUUUUAAAAACAUCAGUAAAUAACACAUUUUUCGUUAAAUUACGUAACCAACUAAAAAAGGUGCAUUGGAUCGAGGACCAUUACUUGUUUAUUUUCUUUUUAUUAUUACUUAUUUUGGAUUAUUCCCCUUUUGUUUUGUUUAUUGAGAUUUUUAAUUGUUGACAAUGUAGAUAAGUAUAAGAACUUAAGCAACUAUAUUUUUCAUGAUCAGUAUUCGUUGACAUUUAAUAAGUAUUUUUUAAUCAUAUAAAAACAUAAUAAAGUAAUAAUUUAAAACUGUAAUUUUAAUAAAUGUAAUCACUAGAAUAAGGCUAACGCUAAGCAACAUUAUAUUAAAUAAUCGUAUAAGUAAUAAUAUCAAUGAAAAAAUACUGUGUGAAAGACAAUAUAAAUUAUUAAAUAAUAGAAUAACGUAAUAAAGCGUUUAUUCAUAAUGUAACUUAGAUGUUGUGUUUUAACCAUUAUUUUAUUAAAUGUUUGCUUUCAUUUUGGUUUUUUUGUUUUAUUUAUUUAUUAUUUGUAAUCCUACCAGUCAAUUAAGACAUUGAGUUGACUCCCUAAAUUCUUCAAUUUUAAUAAUUCGUAAUAACGGAAACUCUUAUGUAGGUACCUAGACGUCAUUGUGUGUAGUCCAUGU